AUGCCCCUGUGUGGCUUUGGCAAGGUGUCGCACACAAUCGCUACACUACGUAAGGCGUCUACGGAAGCACGACAUAACACUGCAGUAUCGUCACACUCAAGAAGAAUAAUCACACCUUCAUCGUACUUCAUGAUAGUUACCUCUAUGAUAGCGAUACGAGGAGUCACAAAGUUCGAAGGAGGAAACCGUUCGGCCCUGACCCCCUUCCGUGCCGUUCCUUGCCCCGCGCUACGCGGAGAGGUGGGAAAUUCGAGGACUGAAUUACUGUGUAAGCCUUUCCGAUGGCCACUACAACCCCUCCUCCUCUAUCAGAGUUACAUCUUGAUGCCGCGCGGCUGA